AGAAAAAUGAAAGAUUUUACUAAAUUUGUACUUUGUGCUUUGGGCGGAACAAUUUUUGGUCUUCUAUACAAAUUGAAUAGGGAAAAAAUUAACAAAAACUAAAUUGAAUUAGAAAUUCUUAAAAGUUAGAAGAUUGUUAAUGUGUCGCAAUUAAAGUAUAUCAUUUAAAUUUUUAAGGGAUUCAUUUUCCAUUACAGAUGAUAAUCAAUUAAGUUUGUUUGUCGAAGGAUAGAUAGGAUAAAACCAAGAAUUAUUAAAAAGUACAAAUAGCAAACAUGCUGGUGUCUUAAUUAAGAGAUCAAAAUAUGAGUUAGAAACUAUAGAAAAUAAUGGUAGAAGUGCCUAAUAAAGAAGAUUAAUUAGCACAACCUCAGAUAGUGCAUCAUCAUUUAAUUUAUAAUCAUAACAAAACUCAAAAGAGAAUUUACUCAUCAACAACUUCUAAGAGACAAUCAUUUUACCAAAAGUCUUAAAACAUCAAAGAACUGAUCAAAUAUUAAGCCCUCCUGAAGUCAGAACAAAUAUGAGAGAACCUAAAACGUAAAUCUUAUGAGAUAAUUAGGGAUGAAGAAAUCGCAGAGUUUAAGGAGGGAAAAAUUAAAAAGUUUAUAACUACUAUUUCAAAAAUUGGAGUGAUAAUAGAAGAAGACAUUCUUUGUGAAGGAACUUUCAUGUGUGUUUAUGGAAAUGUUAUUUUUAAUAGAACUUAAAAUAGUUUUAGAAUAACAGCACCUAAAUUUUUUGCCAUCAGCAAAGAUCAAAUAAUUGGAUAUUUUGAAGCCGACUAAAAUACAUUAAAAAUUUUGUAGGUUUUAAUGGCCAUUGGAGGAAUAGUAAUAAUUAAAUCAUAUCUAGACUUUUUCUAUCUUUGCUUUAAAAUAUUUAUAUAAGACUUUGUUUACUAAUGAAAAAAAAUAGAAAAUUGAGGUCGAAACAAAAACAAGUCAAUGA